AUUCACCUAAAAAAAUGUUCAUUUAACUUUAAAGUAAUGAAAAAAUUAUCCGACGUAAAAUCACACCACAACUCAUCGGGCACGUGAAUUCGCCAUAUCAUGAUUCGACUACCCACCUAAGAAUGAGAGAUUCCGGAACCAUUUCGGCAUCGACGACAACAAUUACGAGUAGUGCUAAUGUACACCCCAAGGCCGCUUUGACGGACAUACCCGAACAGCACACCAUGGAGCAUGGCAGUGCUGGACGUUCAGAUAAGCCAGAAAACCAAAAAUCAAAGAAAAAGGCGUGCGCCCACCAGGAGAACAAAGACGACGUGAGCGUCAUCUACAAGAACGACGACUUCAAGUGCGACCCCUCGUUCGUGGGCACGAGCUUCGAGAAGGAGCUGCGCUCGUACAGCUACACGAACUACGACGACGACCACAGCAGGGAGGAGAGCGAGCUGCGCAUCCUGUACUUCACCAGGCCGCGGAGGGCCUCCUUCAGAGACACGCCGCUGUUCAAGCUGUGGCGGUGGAUGAGGGCCGCCGUGUGCAUCAGGAAGCAGCGGGCGAGCAGCGAUUCGUGCUGUUGAAGCCAAUUUUGUGCUUGUAGCGAUUAUUUGUCGGUCCGCUUGGCGUUGUUCUCGGAUUUAUAUAUCGGGCGAUGUUUGUGCGUCUUCGAAAUUGUGUCGAUAUUAAUCGUGUUUGUUGUCUUCGAGCUUAAAUUGCAG